UCCCCAGCUAAAAGUUGCGCCUCUCAGAGUCCCAGCCCACCUGGGCCCUCCUGCCCCGCCCUCGGCCGGCGCCCCUCCCCCGAGGCGUGGCCCCUCGGUCUGGGGUGGGCCGACCGGCUCCUUCCUUCCCCCACCGCGCUAGCUCCCGCCGGCCACCCGGGGACCGCAGCCACGUCUGAAAGCGCCUCAUUGUGUGCGCUCGGGCGGGCUACACCGGGCAGCGCCGAGGGUUGCUGGCCGGCGCGCAGGAGUACAGGGCACGGGCCGCAGUGCCGCGUCCCAGAGGGAGCUCUGCGCCGGGUCCUUCCCUGUGGUAGCCCCAGGACACCCCCAUCCUCAACAUCCCAUUCUGGGACUCCUGCCCUGUUCCCAGAUUCGCUUUGCCUCGAGUCUCCAGGAGCUUCCAGUGGCUUGGUCACCCCCGACUCUCGUCCAUGCCUCUUAGAGCCCCUUUCCCGGCCUCACCGGGUGUCCCUUAAUAGUCUUGGGACCUUAAGGAGCAAGCGAGACCCUGCGGACCCUCCCAGUGAAGAGAAAGAGCUGGCUGUGCGGUGGAACUUGGAAGAGACGACGUCUGGUAGAUUUGCUGAGCUCAGGAAGGGAAGCGUCCCUCUCGCUGCCGCUCCAGGUCGGACAGACACGCCAAGCUUUGAGGUUUUCCCAGAGUGGCUGUGGGAUCUGGAGUCGGCUGGUGACAGAGCUGCCGGGCAUCCUCCACCCACACCUGUUGCCUCCUGAUGAGGGAAAGGGGCAGAAAUGGGAUCUGCUCACAAGUUAGACCCUGGUUUCUCUCAGUGUGACCUGGACAGGGGAAGGGGGAAGGCAGGGAGCAAGGAGAAAACUUCCAGGCCCCUCCCUUCCAAAGUCACCCGGUCUUGAGAUCAUUGCAGAAGCAACAGGUGCAAAGAGAAGAACACUUUGGGACCUUGGAAUGCGGGAGGUUGGCUCAGUGUUCCUUCCAUCCUGUGAGACAUGUGUGACAUUUUUUUUUUUUUGAGAUGGAGUUUCGCCCUUAUUGUCCAGGUUGGUGUGCAGUGGCAUGAUCUCGGCUCACCACAACCUCUGCUUCCUGAGUUCAAGUGAUUUUCCUGCCUCAGCCUCCCAAGUACAGGUGCUGAGGAACCUCUAAUCAUCUCCCAUGGAUCUGUGAUCAGCGUUGCAGCUCUCCCAGCAGCUCUGGACAGUGGCCCCCAGCAGUCAGCAUGUGGCUGCCGCGCGUCUCCAGCACAGCAGUGACUGCGCUCCUCCUGGCGCAGACCUUCCUGCUCCUCUUUCUGGUUUCCCGGCCAGGGCCCUCGUCCCCAGCAGGCGGCGAGGAGCACGUGCAUGUGCUGGUGCUGUCCUCGUGGCGCUCGGGCUCGUCCUUCGUGGGCCAACUCUUCAACCAGCACCCCGACGUCUUCUACCUAAUGGAGCCCGCGUGGCACGUGUGGACUACCCUGUCGCAGGGCAGCGCUGCAACGCUGCACAUGGCCGUGCGCGACCUGGUGCGCUCCGUCUUCCUGUGCGACAUGGACGUGUUUGAUGCCUAUCUGCCUUGGCGCCGCAACCUGUCCGACCUCUUCCAGUGGGCCGUGAGCCGUGCACUGUGCUCGCCACCCGCCUGCAGUGCCUUUCCCCGAGGCGCCAUCAGCAGCGAGGCCGUGUGCAAGCCACUGUGCGCGCGGCAGCCCUUCAGCCUGGCCCGGGAGGCCUGCCGCUCCUACAGCCACGUGGUGCUCAAGGAGGUGCGCUUCUUCAACCUGCAGGUGCUCUACCCGCUGCUCAGCGACCCCGCGCUCAACCUGCGCAUCGUGCACCUGGUGCGCGACCCGCGGGCCGUGCUGCGCUCCCGGGAGCAGACAGCCAAGGCUCUGGCGCGUGACAACGGCAUCGUGCUGGGCACCAACGGCACGUGGGUGGAGGCCGACCCCGGCCUGCGCGUGGUGCGCGAGGUGUGCCGUAGCCACGUACGCAUCGCCGAGGCUGCCACACUCAAGCCGCCACCCUUUCUGCGCGGCCGCUACCGCCUGGUGCGCUUCGAGGACCUGGCGCGGGAGCCGCUGGCAGAAAUCCGUGCGCUCUACGCCUUCACUGGGCUGAGUCUCACGCCACAGCUCGAGGCCUGGAUCCAUAACAUCACCCACGGAUCUGGACCUGGUGCGCGCCGCGAAGCCUUCAAGACUUCGUCCAGGAAUGCGCUCAACGUCUCCCAGGCCUGGCGCCAUGCGCUGCCCUUUGCCAAGAUCCGCCGCGUGCAGGAACUGUGCGCUGGUGCCCUGCAGCUGCUGGGCUACCGGCCUGUAUACUCUGAGGACGAGCAGCACAACCUCGCUCUUGAUCUGGUGCUGCCACGAGGCCUGAACGGCUUCACUUGGGCAUCGUCCACUGCCUCGCAUCCCCGGCAUUAGUGGAGGCCACAGUUGUAGCGGGCGCUAGGCUUGGGAGGAGAGUGCAUGGUGCAGAGGGGGCUGGGGCGCACGGAGAAGCAGGUCCCUAUAUUGACCAAGGAGUUUGUGGUACCCUCCCCCCGAAGUAGGCAAGGACUGCACGUUUCUUUCUUUCUUGAUUCUUGGUUUUCCUUUGAGUCCUCUGGAGCUGCCUUCUCAUCAGGUGCACUCUUCAUGGAAAGUAACUCUUGCCCCGCCUCCUCUGGGCACAGGGUGUGCGUUCAGAUAACUUGGCUCCUACUCAAGGGCUUUCUUCCCCUUUAACUCCCUCCUUCUGGGGACACAUCCUGCAGCAGCUGAGGGGGUGCCCUAGCCCUGGCUGGGAGUGGAGAGGCACUGUGGUGAUAUGGCUCCAGAGGUCUGUACAUCACAUACACAUGCACACAUGCACACAUGGCAAAACUUGGAAGUGAAAGGACUUGUGUGAAAUCCCAUGGUGAGAAGGAGGAUGAAGGGAGGAGAGAGCUUUUGCUCUGGGGCUCCAGUGGGUAGGAGAGGACCUGCCUCCUGGGUGAGAAGGGUCAGAUUUUCCCAUUUUAGUUGCUUUAGGGAAGAGCAAGCAGAGUCAUGACCAGGGACACGGCUGAGAGAUAGAGGAGGCUGUGAAUGCUGAGACCAGAGCUUAUCAUCCUGGACAAGCCUGGAAGGAGGCAAUAAGUGGGAAAGGUAGGAGGAGAGAAGGCUGGGGAGGGCUGGGCAGCAAGCCAGGCACAGUGAGUGGCAGAGCAAGAGGGGAAAGCAGGAUCAGUGCCUGGAAGGCAGGUGUGCCCGUCGGGGGGAGUGGAACUCAUCAGGCUUGCCAAGAGGUUGGAAGGGAAAUGGCUGUGGGCCGGAACUGUCUUCCCUUGGUUCUUCUGGGCCAGGCCUUGGAGGAAAGCAGAAGAUGAUCCCUGCCUGUGAGCCACACCUCCUAGCUCUGGGGGCAAAGGGGCUUAGUAAAGGAAUGCUUGAUGUGUAGAGGGUUUAGUCCUGAGCUCGGGAAAUGAGAGCCAGUAAGUGCCCAGUACAUGUUUAAAAGAAAAGCUCACGGAACCUCUGGAAAGGACAGGGAAGUUGAGUUAGCCACAUAAAUGAACCCAAGUCACAUUGGAACACAGAGCUGGUCUGGGAACUGUGUUGGCUGCCACCAGAACUUCUGACCCUGUUACCUGUGAAAUGAGGCAGUUUCCCUCAUGGUUGCCAUCAGCUACCAGGAGGGACGCUGGUGGUCACUAGCUUCUGAUCCUUAUCCUGGGUGUGGCCACAGAUUGGGGGAACCUGGAUUGUGGAGUCACAUCCUCCCUGCAAAGCAAGCAGGGCAAGGGAGUUCUGGCAUUUUUUGCUUUACGUGGAGGGAGAAGAGGCACAUUAGCCUUGAAGCUGAAGCUCAUUUUAGGUUCCUUCCAGCUUUAGAAGCUUCAGCCAAAUGAAACUUGAAUCUGUCUCUUGUGACAAUAAUAGGAAGAAGGUAUUUAAAACCCCAGAUUUAUGAAUGUGUACUAUGUGGCUUAGAGAAUGUCUUUGUUCUUGUUCAGGUGGUUAUAACAAAAUACCUUAAGAGUGGGUAACUUGGCUGGAUGCAGUGGCUCAUGCCUGUAAUCCCAGCACUGUGGGAGGCCGAGGUGGGUGAAUCACCAGAGGUCAGGCAUUCAAGAACAGCCUGGCCAACAUGGCGAAGCCCCUCCUCUACUAAAAAUACAAAAUUAGUGAGGCGUGGUGGCACAUACCUGUAAUCCCAGCUACUCGGGAAGCUGAGGCAGGAGAAUCGCUUGAACCCAGGAGGUGGAGGUUGCAGUGAGCCAAGAUCAUGCCAUUGCACUCCAGCCUGGGUGACAGAGCAAGACUCCAUCUCAAAAAAAAAAAAAAAAGACCGGGUUACUUAUAAACAAAUGUUUUUCUCACGAGUCUGGAGACUGGGAAGUCCAAGAUCAAGCCACCAGUGUUUUCUGAUGAGGGCCCACUUUUUCACAGACAGUGCCUUCUAGCUGUGUCCUCUUAUGGUAGAAGAUGGGAGGCAGCUCUCCAGGGCCAUUUUUGGUUGUUUGUUUGAGAUGGAGUCUGGCUCUGUCACCCAGGCUGGAGUGCAGUGGCACAAUCUCGGCUCACUGCAACCUCCGCCUCUCUCUGCCUCCUGGGUUCAAGCAAUUCUCCUGCCUCAGCCUCCUGAAGAGCUGGGACUACAGGGAUGUACCACCAUGCCCAGCUAAUUUGUGUAUUUUUGUAGACACUGGGUUUCACAAUAUUGGCCAGGUUGGUCUCAAACUCCUGACCUCAAGUGACCUGCCCACUUCAGCCUUCCAAAGUGCUGGGAUUACAGGCAUGAGCCACUGUACCCAGUCUCCAGGGCCUUUUAAAGAAUGUCACUAAUCCCAUUCUUGAGGUCUCCACCCUCAUUAUCUAAUCACCUCCCAAAGGCUCCACCUCCUUACACCAUCAUAUUGUGGGUUAAGAUGUCAACCACAAGCCAGGCGUUGUGGCUCAUGCCUGUAAUCCCAGCAUUUUGGAAGGCUGAGGCGGGUGGAUCACUUGAGAUCAGGAGUUUGAGACCAGCCUGGCAACAUGGUGAAACCCAUCUCUACUAAAAAUAAAAAAAAUUAGCCGGGUGUGGUGGUGCACACCUCUAAUUCCAGCUACUCAGGAGACUGAGGCAGGAGAAUCCCUUGAAUCCAGGACGCGGAGAGUGCAGUGAGCUGAGAUAAUGCCACUGCACUCCAGCCUGGACAACAGAGCAAGACUCCAUCUCAUGCCCAGCCAGCAUCCCCAACAAGCUUCAUUUGCCCCUGUUUAGGUCACAAGUUUUAUUGAUGGCUGCAAUUAAUGGCCUCUUUGUAUCCAAGUCCUUUGCUGUAUGACCCAUCCAUUCUCCCCUGACUCCCAAGGUGUCAGGACAUGCUUGACUGGCUCCUGAAUUUGCUCUCUGCACGUGGGCAGUACAGUCAAGCCUCACAGUGAACCCAGGUCAGCUUUCAGGACAAAGAAAGUGGCCUGGCUGACUAGGCACAGUGAAGCCAAGGCUGGAUAGGUACAUACUUGUGCUGAUCACGUAUGUCUUAUAUCUGUGAGAGUGCAGUCCCAAUAGGCAGGUUUAAUCACUGGGGACUGCCCAACGCUGUGACAGGGCACAGAGCUCUGGGUUGCUGUGGGGGUGACUGCAUUGACCACUGUUAGUGGUUUGCUGUAUUGAUGCUCUGGGCUGUGUAACCAUGGCUCCUGCCAUCAAGAAGUGGAGUCUGUUUCUCCACCUCUGAAUCCAGCCUGGUCCUGUGACUUGCUUUGUCCUGUAGACAAGUGUAGUGCAACUUCCUGUGAGCCAGUUUCAAGCAUAGGCCUUGGAGACAAAAUUUUACCUCCACCUGUCUUAGGUUUUCAGCUGGGGCUCUGCUAUGGUUUGAUUGUGUCUCCCAAAGUUGGAACCUUGAGCCCCAGUGUUGUGAGGUGGGGCUUAAUAAAAAGUAAUUAGGCCAUGCGGGUUAUGCCCUUGUGAAUGGGUAGAUAACAUUAUUUCUGGGCCCAGGCGUGGUAGCUCAUGUCUGUAAUCCCAGCAUUUUGGGAGGUUGAGGUGUGCAGAUUACUUGAGGUCAGGAGUUUGAGACCAGCCUGGCCAACAAGGUAAAACACCAUUUCUACUCAAAAUACAAAAAUUAGCCAGGUGUGGUGGCUCAUGCCUCUAAUGCCAGCUACUUGGGAGGCUGAGACAGGAGAAUCACUUGAACCCAGGAGGCAGAGAUUGCAGUGAGCUGAGAUCGCACCACUGUACUCCAGCCUGGGCAACAAAGCAAGACUCUGUCUUAAAAAAAAGAAACCCAUUAUUUUAGGAGUGAGUUGGUUAUCCUGAGAGUGGUGCCUUUUAAAUGAAGGAGUUCAUUCUCUCUGUGUCUUUCUCUCGCCCUCACUUUGCCCUUCUGCCAUAUGAUGUCUUCCAUAGUGCUAGGACACAGCAAGAAGGCUCUCGCUAGAUGCUGGCUCCUUGAUCUUGGGCUUCCCAGCCUCCAGAACUGUAAGCCAAUACACUUCUAUUUAUUAUAUAUGACCCUUGCUGGGUUCAGUGGCUCACGCCUGUAAUCCCAAUACUUUGCAAGGCUGAGGCAGGAGGAUCACUUGAGACCAGGCAUUCAAGACCAGUCAGGGCAACAUAGUGAGACCCCAUCUCUACAAAGUUAAAAAUAUUAGCAGGGCAUGGUGUCGUGCACCUGUAGUCCUAGCUACUUGGGAGGCUGAGUUGGGAGGAUUGCUUGACCCCAGGAGGUUGAAGCUACAUCGAACCAUGAUCAUGCCAGUGCACUCCAGCCUGGAUGACAGAGCAAGACACCUAUCUCAAAUGACCCCAUCUGAGGUAUUGUUAUAGCAAAACAAAACAGAUUAAGAGAGACUUUUUAAUGAAAAGACAGAUGCACAAAGAAAAACAAUGUUUUUGUUUUUGUUUUGAGGCAGAGUCUUGCUCUCGUCCCCCAGGCUGGGGUGCAGUGGCGCCAUCUUGGCUCACUGCAACCUCCGCCUCCCAGUUUCAAGAGAUUCUCCUGCCUCAGCCUCCUGGGUAGCUGGGAUUACAGGUGUACACCACCACGCCCGGCUAAUUUUUUUGUAUUUUUAGUAGAGAUGGGGUUUCACCAUGUCGAUCAGGCUGGGCUGGAACUCCUGACCUCAGGUGAUCCACCUGCCUUGGCCUCCCAAAGUGCUAGGAUUACAGGCUUGAGCCACUGCACCUGGCGAAAAAGUUUGUUAACACAGGCAGUCAACAUCACUCAGGAUAAGCCUCAAUGAAAAGUAACAAAGUGAUGGCUUGGAACACUGUCUUACACAGCAUUUUUAAAAAAGACAAUAAAUUUUUAGAGAUAUGACGACCAAGGACAACAAUUUUAGGCUUCCAAAGGUGUUAAACUAUGGGAUGGUAAAUAUCCAAGACGAAGCUGAUGCAACAGGAUUUGUCUGCAGCAGCCUCUGGCACCGCCUCUGAGUUAAGGGUUGUCUCCAGUGAUGGAGAAUUUAUAUUGUGCCUUUAGGCAGAAAAGGGGAGGGAAACCUGACCUUUUCCUGCACUUUCUACUUCUUACUUGCCUUCAGCUGAAAAUCUUUUUUUAUGUGAAAAAGGCAUAAUCUGAGCUGACGCCUGUGCUUUCCUCCACCUGAAGAGAACCUGCGUGCUGCUCCUUUGCUUCGGACCGCCACCUCUGCGCGGGAGAAAGCCCAGGCCAGCCUGCUGGACAAGCAGGGACCGUGAGAAGGAGAGUUCAGGUGUCCCAAUCCAGGCCAUCCUAGACCAGCCAGCCCCUCGUGAGCCCCAUCUGAUCAGCACGCAGCCAUUUUGGCUGCCUUCUGCUGGCCAAAGGGAGUCCCAGGGUUCACCCAGAUUCAGAGGUGGGGAAACUGAGUCCACCACUUGAGAAGAGUAGCUAUAGAGACAUAUGAGCGAGACCAGCUGAGCCCAGCACUGCGGCCAAGUCGAAGACUUUAGGAGCAAUAAAAGUGCUUAUUGUGUUUCAGUCA